AGGCAGAAAUUGAUUAGAGGCAGCAAGUUGGAGUAAUAGAGGUAGCUGGCAAAAGGUUGGCUUGUUUCGGAGGUGGGGCCAGCCGUUUGCAUUUGGUCCCUCAAUCUUUUCUUCUUCUCUUUCAUUCUCUAGCUCUCAGGGGUUUGUGUUUCUGUGAUCAUUUGCCCCCUUUUUGCUGGCCUAUUUCACUUCCUUUCUUUCCAUUUUGGGCUCACAAGAUUUGCAGGGUGGGUUUUGUAGUUUUGUUCUAUAAUAGAAACAAACAUUAUCUUGUGUUCAAGGCUUAUAGAUUCAAGAAACAGGACACAAGAACCAAAAGAGUACUUAUUUUUAAGUUGAAAAGGAAGAUCUGAAAGAGAUGAGUGCUUCAAGGUUCAUAAAGUGUGUGACUGUUGGUGAUGGUGCUGUUGGUAAGACUUGUUUGCUCAUUUCCUACACCAGCAACACUUUCCCCACGGAUUACGUUCCAACUGUCUUCGACAAUUUCAGUGCCAACGUAGUUGUAGAUGGGAGCACCAUUAACCUUGGUUUAUGGGAUACUGCUGGUCAAGAAGAUUACAAUAGAUUGAGACCUUUGAGCUAUCGCGGAGCAGAUGUAUUUCUCCUCGCAUUUUCUCUGAUAAGCAAAGCUAGCUAUGAAAAUGUUGCUAAGAAGUGGAUUCCAGAACUCAGGCAUUAUGCACCUGGAGUUCCCAUAAUUCUUGUCGGAACAAAGCUUGAUCUGAGGGAUGACAAGCAGUUCUUUGUAGACCAUCCUGGUGCAGUGCCCAUUACUUCAGCUCAAGGAGAGGAUUUGAAGAAACUGAUCGGGGCUCCUGCAUACAUUGAAUGUAGUUCAAAGACACAGCAGAAUGUGAAGGCAGUUUUUGAUGCGGCUAUCAAGGUAGUGCUGCAACCACCUAAGCAAAAGAAGAAGAAGAAGAAGGGCCAAAAGGCUUGUUCAAUAUUGUGAUCAAGGACUUAUUAGGACUAUCGAGUGGAUUUACCAUCUAAGUUCAUUAUUUCCGCAUGUAGAACUUAAUGUUUUCCCUUGCUCCACCAAAACAUUACAAGCAAUUAUGUAUAGUCUCUAAUGAUUUCAAUAUUUCAUAGAUUAAAGUUCAUCCAUCGGGUGGUAUGCUCUGUGUAAUCUUUUAACCAAUACCCAGACAAUUUGUAACUAUUCUGUCGUUCUGUCUUGCCAUUAUGUGUUAUGAUGUUUGUAAACAA